AUGCGCAUUGACCGUGUCGUUGUGAGGUCGACGACGCGGUAUGGACGAGAGUGUCCCACAGGAGAUUUCUUGAUUGGGCUUGAACCCUAUGAUGGAGAGUCGGGGCUUGAUUGGUCGACCGCGCUUAGAGUGGCGUGGUAUUUUCAGUCGGAUAAGUGGCGUACCUACGUGAAUGGGAAUGGUGCCAGCUACCGGGAGCUCGGCCAGGUGCCGAAAGACAGAGGGGGCAGCGCUAAAGAAGUGAGCCAGAGGACCCCUGCAGAGCAGGUAUAUGAUAUACUCGCAAGGGAAGUGGCGGGCAUGUCGCCGGCGGAGGGUACCCCCAUCCUACGGUCGUCACCUAAGAGGAACAGGGCCCUCGGUACCUUCGGCAGGGGCGACUGUACCGAGGGAAUAUAG